AUGAGAGACUGUGAGUGUCGCGCGGACACCCCCCACUAUAGCUCAAUGGGUCGCCGAGUUACACAAACCGCCACACCAGUCUCUAUGUGGCGGGCUGCACCUCGUACUGCACUAAACCAUGACCCACCAAUGUCCUCUGUUCACAUUAACGUCACAGACUCAUUACCUCGUUCGGUUUGUACGAAAAUGCUCACUUGUUCACAACCUUGUCAUCCUGGUUCGAUGCAUCGCAUCCUAUCUGCAGCGGAGAAACGAAGCCGCUACUUUCGCCGACUGUUGAAGUUCAAGCACAUGGAUUUUGAGUACGCUUUUUGGCAGAUGGCCCAACUAAUUUUUACUCCACAACGCCUGUUCCGGAAUUUCCAAUACCGUAAUUGUAUGUCUUUCAUUUGGCAGCAGGCGAUUUAUUGUCUUGUAGGUUCCAGACGCCAGUGGGCUCGUGACGACCCAGCAUUCCUCGUUUUGGUUUUCACUAUGUUCCUUGUAUCCAGCAUCAUUUUCGCGACUUUCACUCUCCACACUCUUGAACUCCGCAUCAAGUUUGUAUUGUGGGUGGCUUUCUUUGACUUCUUCGCGAUGGCACUGCUGGCUGCCACUUUCUUCUGGAUUGUCACCAAUCGAAUACUGAUUGAUCGAUCGGGGCGGUUCUCUUCGGACUUACUUUCGGAAGUUCCUGACACACAGUCCAACCAGGAUGUUGAAUGGGCGUAUGCUUUCGAUAUUCACUUAAACGCGGUCUUUCCAGCAGCGCUCGUCUAUCUUCUUCAAUUACCACUGUUCUACUUCAUCUUAUCUGACGGGCUUGCAGGACGCUUCGUUGGGAAUACUUGCUGGCUAAUCGCCGCGCUGUACUACAACUACAUCACUUUCCUGGGUUACAGUGCACUGCCCUUCCUCAAACGUGCCACCGUUUUGCUCUGGCCGAUGACCGCGUCUGUGUUGCUUUUCAUUAUCGCCACAUUCGUACUGCAGUGGAACUUCACGAACCCUCACACUCCGAUCGCCCAACGGUUGACCGUGACCGUGGCAUCAGCCUGGUAUGAGUGUCGUAACCACAGGGGGAUCAGCUUGACCCCGGUUGUAACGGGACUGUUGGAGUCAAUUGUGCUUCGUUGCAUUACGGUGGCUCGUGAGAUACUGACGCGAGAGCAACAAGCGGAAUUCCGGUCUGAUAAGGGUUGUGUUGACCAAAUCUUCACACUGCGUCAGGUGCUGGAACAACGGCAUACAUAUUAG